AUUGCAUAAAAUCCCAUGCCAGGGAUAAAACAGUCAUUUACAUCACCCCAGCUAAGCCAUUGGCGUCUAUCACUCCCCAAUGCCCAAUCAAAAUACGCCACAUGUCACAUGACGUACCUUACUACGCCAUGAGGAAACGUCACCACGCCUCCGUAAGUUCAAUUUCCCACGCGCAAUCCUCAAAUCCACAACUCUACGCGCCAAUCUCAAGCUAUACACGUUACACGUAAAAUAUCAUCCACCGGUGUGUGUUACACCGUUUUGUCCCUGCGCGUGUGCAUUUUAUAGCAUAUUAAAAGGUUGGAAUUUUCAUACCAAGGUUCCUCUUAAUUUCGAAGCAUGUGCAAAAAUAACAACAACUUUAGUUUCUCAUUUAUUUUUUUAUCAUAAUAAAAAAAUCUAAAAACACACUAAACUAUAACACUCUAUCUAUCUACCCUAUAUAUUAUAAGAGCUCAGUCUUAUGCGUAUAUUUUGAGAUAGAAGAAAAAAAAUAGUGUGACAAAAAAAAAAAAAAAACACCAAAAUCUUCCUAAGAUUUUAUUACCAAAAAUGGAAAAUACUGAAAAUCUAGCUCAUGGUCGUGGAAAAGUAAUUGAUGAGUUGUUAAGGGGUCGUGAAUUAGCAAAUCAACUUAGACAUCUUCUCAAUGAAAGUGGUGAUAUUGAUCAUAAUAAUAAUGAUUCAACAACACCAUUUGCUGAAAAUCUUUUGAAGGAAGUGCUUAUGACUUUUACAAAUUCACUCUUGUUCUUGAACAAUAAUAAUCUUACUUCAGAUGUUUCUGAUGCUCAACUCACCAAAUCUGAGGAUUCUUUGGAGAGUAAUUGCAAGAGUACAUCCAUUGUUAAGGAACGAAGAGGUUGUUACAAAAGAAGAAAAGUUUCACAAACAUGGGAGAAGGAAUCUGAACAACCAGAGGAAGAUGGUCAUCAAUGGAGAAAGUAUGGCCAAAAAAAGAUCCUCCACAAUGAUUUCCCAAGGAACUACUAUAGGUGCACUCACAAAUAUGAACAAGGUUGCAAAGCAACAAAACAAGUGCAAAAAAUUCAAGAAGAUCCACUUCUUCACAAAACAACCUAUUAUGGCCAUCACACUUGUAGACUCAUACAAAACCCUGAAAUCAUAGUAGAUUCACUUUCUCCUGCUCAUCACUCUUCCAUGUUCCUUAGCUUUGACAACUCUUUCCCAACACCAACAAAACAAGAUUGCCCUUUUCUCUCAACUUCUUCUCAUCCAUCAUCAACAUCACCAUCAGUGAAAAAAGAGGAGUGCAAGGAAGAGAUUGUUAAUCCUCCUCCUCCUCCUCCCCCUCCUUCAUCUUCCCACAAUGAUUACCUUUCUGGACUCACUUUCGAUGAUUCCGAUAGACAUGUGACACUAUCAUCAACACUUGAUUCUCAUGAUCACCUUGGUGUCAAUAUUUCUGAUAUUUUGUAUGAUGAUGUCCUCAAUUGGCCUCUUUCUUGAAAUUUUAUGGUUAACUAUGUAUUUUUCAAUGAACUAUCAUCCUUUGUCUUCUUUAGAGUGUGUAUUUCCAAUAUGAGUUUUAGUCUAGAAAAAGUAGUGCAACUUGUAACAAUGUUAUGUUGGCCCGAAUGGAACUGAACUUCUUAUA